AUGAGAGGCCUUCAACGCUGGUUCACCCGCCUCCGUCUGGAUCCGGUGAGCCACCGGCGGCGGCUGGUCGAGGUCCCGAGCUCUCUGGAGUUGGACCUGGCGUUCUGGAGAGACCCGCGCACUCUGUUGUGUGGGAUUCCCAUGGGCAGGGCUGGGGUGACGUGUCAGUCGCGUUCAGUCAGAGGUGUGCGUCCCCCUUCGGAGCGCCACAUCAACUGGCUGGAGUUGGACACGAUCAGACGCAUGUUGCUGCACUUUGCACCGACCCUGAGGGAUCGGGACGUGUUGGUCCCCAGGAUGACGAGUGGCGUCUUCAUCCGACAUUGUGGCGGAGGUCUGGAGACGCUUCGGGAAGGCACAGGUGGAUCUGUUCGCAUCCCGGGAGGUCGCGCACUGCCCCCUGUGACGUUGCCGCAGUGGGAUUUGGCUUUGGUUCUGGAGGCGCUGUGUGAUGCGCCGUUUGAACAGAUUGCUCAUAACAAGCCUCUGCAUACCCCCAUGUAUUUUUUCAUUUGUUUGCUGGCAAUGGUAGACAUAGUCUAUACCAGUGGUAUCAGUGUUACAAUGCUUAAUGUGCUCCUCGGUGAGGAACGAAGAGUGCCUUAUGGGCCCUGCAUGUUGCAGUGCUUUCUAUUUCAUUUGGGUAGCUCUAUGGAGCCCUUUACUAUUGCUCUGAUGGCUUAUGAUCGCCUUAUCGCAAUUGUACACCCUCUUCGAUAUUUGACUAUCUUAACUAACACCAAUGUAUUCUUACUUAUUAUAGCCACUUGGGGAGUAGGCUGCUUAUUUUCUGGUUUUUAUACUGGCUUUCUGAACAGUCUACCCUACUGCACCUCAAAUAAACUACCAUACAGCUUUUGUGAAUAUGCAGCCUUAGUUAGAGCAGCAUGUGUGGAUCCUGCAUAUUAUUUUACAAUAGCCUCUACUUUGGUGACUUCUAUAUUAUGUGUUAAUUUUGGCCUGAUCUUUUUCUCAUACAUGAAGAUAGUUUAUGAAGUGCUGAAAAUGUCCUCCGAAGACAGGAGGAAGGUGUAUAGCACCUGUGUAUCUCACAUAAUAGUGGUGGUUUGCUUCUUUAUUCCCAAGGUGUUGCUUGUUUUCGUCACCAGGUUUGGUUUGGUUCUCACUCUCACUCAAAGAAAUGGACUUAUUAUUGGCUCUACCCUGGGGCCCUCUCUUGUCAACCCAUUUGUGUAUUGUCUCAAAACCAAGGAAAUCCGAGGCCGUUUGAAAAAUAUCUUCAGUAGAUGUAAAAUUACACCAAAUAUAAAUCUGUAA